UUUUAACCAUAUCAAGCAAAUAUAAAAAUAUUGUGUAGUUGUAAAUAUACAAAAAUGAAGACAUGAUAUAGGUGAUGAGAAAACCAUGGUUUUAAUGCAAAUUUUAAAGUAAAAUAUAAUAUUUCAAAGUAACUUAUAAGUUAUAAACAAUGUAAACACAACUAUAGAUGUCAGUCGUCAGAUAAUAAUAAUAUAAAAUAGUUAGAAAAGGCCUAUGCUUAACAGUUGUCAGUUAACACCGAGUAUACAGUAUACAGUAGUCACUAGUCAGUAAUCAACGAGGCGAUUUAAGGAAUAUAAGUAUUAUUAAAAUAAACUGCUAAUAACUCUAGUUAUACAGCAUUGAACUCUACAUUAUGUUUAUCGUAUUGAGUUCAAUGGCGCCAAUGCGCCUUCAUACUGCUGAUCCUUCAUCUCUUAUUUGUUAUAAUUUGUGAUAACGAUAAUGGUCGUUAUCACGGUUAAUUAAAAAUACUGGAGUGUUUAUUCAUAUUAAAUGUUUGUAAUUUUAUAAGCUGUUUCUAAUAGAGUUACAAUCACUAUAGCCUAUAGAACAAGCAUUUUAAGGUCUAUGUGUUCAUUGUACUUAGUAAAAAACUCUUUUUAAAUGGUUAUUCAGAUGUUUUAAAUUGAACACGAAAAAUUUUAGUCAUUACUCAUUACUAUUUAAUAAUUUAAUAUUAAUUGAAAAUCUUCUGCGGCCUUGAUCAGUCUAUAUUUCUCUCAUUGAAUAAUAGUUAUCGUGUGGAGACAAAUACUUAGACCAUUUUAGUGUGCGACUGUUUCAGUUCACAUAUCAAUGGAAGUCUUCGAAGAAAAUCGUAAAGUUUUAUUACGCACUAAUGACCGUUUGACUAGUAUAAGAUCUAUUGCUGUAGAAACUGAAGAAAUUGGUACUGCAAUUGUUCAAGAAUUAGGAGAACAAAGACAGACACUUGAUGGUACCCGCAAUCGAUUAGAGGACAUUGACAGUUCUAGACAAUCUUCUCACCGUUAUGUCUCUGCUAUAAAUAGACAUGUUUUCCAAGAUAAACUUAUGCUCAUACUCAUUAUUAUAAUUGAGGCUUGCACUUUAGUUGGACUUGUCUACAUAAAAUUUAUAAAAAAUUAAUUUUAUCUAAACAAUGUAUAAUAUAUUUUAAUACAUAACAUAUUUUUCUACUA